AUGCCCGUUCCAGGUUUCUUACAAUCUUUCGCAGACAGGGCUCAGUCUGCUAUCAAAGAUUCGCCUCUUGCCCAGCGUCUCCCAAGUCAGCAUCGUCCAGGCAGCCCUGAUACAAGCGGCCAGCCAUCUGCCAAUGAAGCCGCGUCCGGUGGCCACAAAUCCCACACUUUAGAGGCAAUCCAGUAUCAGUUACGCAGUCUCGGACAGCAAUACGGUUCGACUUCACCAGUACAAAAGAUCAUCACCAUCGAAAAGGGUGUUGCGAUUGACUUUGAUAGUGUAUCCAGAGACUCCAAGGCACAGAGUAAAGAACUUUACACUUGGGGUCAAUCAGAACUUGACGACCUGAAAGAUGUGACUGAUCGUCUUGCGUACCUUAACUUCGUUCACGGUUCACUUGCCAGCUCUCUUGCGGUGAAGUUGGACACCGCCCGAACGCCACUGAAGCAACUUCGUGAUGCCGAGGUUGCCCUCACACCCCGCCGGAACAUCCGCGCCGGACUACAGACUCAGCUCGCAAGGCUCGAACAUGACAACCCCAAAGGCAUGGAGAAGAAGAUCAACGAACUCAAGGAUCAGAUCAAGAAAGCCGAGUCCGAUGAUCAACCGCAAGAAAGAGAAGUUGAGCUUUUGAAGAGAAAAGGUAUCCGCGAAAGCGAACAAGCCAAAUGGGAUGCUAUCCGUGAGUACGGCGAAAAGCUUAUUCUGUUGUCACAAGCUGCAAGUCCCGUCAUUGCAGUGUUGCCGACGCUUCCACCUACCCAAUCAUCUCCGUACAGCGGCGCCCAAGCCACCGGUGCUGCGCGCGCUUCGUUGCAACGUGCCCUUGAUAAUUAUAAAACUGGGCACAUCAAUCUUCCACCUCAAGUUGCGGAAUCUGACCUCAGUCGAUCUGAUACUCGCAGCUUUGGCGAAAGCCAUGCUAGUGAGCUCUCGAGCAUGACCACCGAUAUUGCCGGUGCCACCAGCCCUGGUAUUCCACUAUCGCCGCCGUUAAAUGCGACCAAGGAAUCUUCACAAGCAGCAUCCGAGCCUACGAAGUACGACCCCCCAUCUUCUCCUCCACAGACCCAACCUCCUCCAAUCAACCCGUCCAACUUGAAUCUCUCGCCGACACCUAUUCCUUCCUCUGGUAGUCCCUCAUUCACGUCUCCCAAUGCGUCCGGUGUCCCAUCGAACCCGUCAAAGCCUAAGCUACCUCCGAUCACGCCCACCAUAGCAGAAACGGGGGUACCCCUGGCUGCCGGUGAAUCGGGACCUGGACCCGCAAGUGGUUCUUUGCAUGGCAUUAAGGCUUCGUCUCCGUCGGGCGGUAAUGGGUUUGUUUCUGCAGAAGAAGAAAAGAGACGACUUGCCGCGACGUAUUCUCAGGCAUACAAUGCGCUGCCUACAUCACAAACGGCCAUUUCUACGCCUGAAAGUGCCGAAGAGGAAAAGAAGAGGCUAGAAAGAGAGGAAAGAGAGAGAAUUCUGAGUGGGAAUCAUGGACCGACGGGGAGCGGAGGCAGUAACGCCAAGAAGGAUGAUGACGAGUUGCCGCCAUACCAGGACAUUUGA